ACUCCAUGCCGACACCAACAACACGAGCCGAAACUGAUGAACCUGUGGACAACAACUUGAAAACAACCCUGCUGGCUGUAAUUGUGCCCCUUGUGGUCAUAGUUGCAGUUAUAGGUCUUCUCAUUCACUACAGAAGGAAGAUAGCACAAAUAAUGUGCAGCUGGAGACAAACCCUACACGAGGUCAUAGGUCAUGAUCGGAGAGACGCUGGGCCCGGGGUUAUAGCUCACGACCAUCAACCACAUAACCUGGAACCAGUUGAUAUGUUAAAUCUGGAAAGACAAGAUGAGGAAAUUAGCAAUGGAGUCGGUGCCGACCAGUCGCGUGCAGUCUUUAGGAAUGCUCAAGAAAGUAAACAAAUACAUGCGCAACAAAGUGAACAAAUGCACGCACAGGAAAGUGAACAAAUGCAUGCACAGGAAAGUGAACAAAUGCAUGCACAGGAAAGUGAACAAAUGCACGAGCAAGAAACUGAUAAGAUGCUUGAAGAGCAAUCUGAGCAGACAAGUGUAAAAUACUGAUAGAUUGACGUACAGUAGUCCAUCUAGAAGAAGUAGGUCAUGUAGAAGAAGUAGGCCAUAUAGGAGAUACAGCCCAUGUAGAAAUAGCCUAUGUAGAAGUAGCCCGUGUUGAAGACGCAGUCCACGUAGAAGAAGUAGGUCAUAUGGUAGAAAUGGGCAUCCUCUUACAGGUACACUAUUCCAUAAGCAUGUCCCAAACAGACAAGUCUGUGUAGUUCUCGAGGCAUCAUGAUCGAAUUUCAGUUGGACAGACACAUGGACAUAAAAUCAUGACCACCACUGUGACAAUCCACCACCAUAAUGAUUAUAAAAUUGCUCAAGUCAUAUUACGUCCAUUCAUGUCUUUUCAUGAACGAGAUCUCAAAAUAUUUAAUUUCCAUCUUGUUGAAUAUCAUACGGUCCUGUUGGCACCUGACUGGGAAAAACAAGCGGUGGUGUGUGUGUGUGUGUGUGUGUGUGUGUGUGUGUGUGCCUUUUGUUUUUGACCUAGAUAAGCCAGCUUAGUGAAACCAAUGCGGAGUGCGGCGUCAUAUAUGCACCAAACGUAAUUGGAUUUUCUGUUCUAUAUGCUUAAA